AUGUCGGCUACAUUAAAACCUUAUUUAACAGCAGUGCGCCACACGCUUACAGCGGCGAUGUGUUUAGAGCAUUUUUCAUCGCAAGUAGUAGAGCGUUAUAACAAACCGGAGGUCGAGGUUAGAACAAGCAAAGAGCUUCUCUUGAAUCCAGUUGUGAUUUCUCGUAAUGCAAACGAGAAAGUGUUGAUCGAAUCGUCAAUAAACUCUAUCAGAGUGAGCAUUAUGAUCAAACAGGCGGAUGAGAUUGAAAAGAUUUUGUGCAAAAAGUUUAUGCGAUUUAUGAUGAUGAGAGCAGAAAACUUUAUCGUUCUGAGGCGGAAACCGGUGGACGGAUAUCAUAUCAGUUUCUUAAUAACAAAUUUCCACACCGAGCAAAUGUUCAAACAUAAACUGGUGGACUUUGUGAUAUAUUUCAUGGAAGAAAUUGAUAAAGAAAUUAGCGAAAUGAAACUGGCCGUGAAUGCUCGCGCCAGAAUCUGCUCAGAAGAGUUUUUGAAGAGAUUCUAA